AUACGCCAACGAGUAUCUACAAAAGAAGCGUCAUCUACAGGCAAUGUUCAACAUCGGCAAGGUGACCAAGGAAUCGAACGCAUCAUUGCACAGGCUGGUUGACGAUUUUGAUCGUCACGUAAAGAUGCUGCAUCAGCUUGGCGAACCAACAGCGCAAUGGAGCACCGUGCUAGAAUAUGUGUUGUGCACCAAGCUUCCCGAUGAGACGCUACGAACACUGGGUGCUUCCAAGGUAAGCGCAGUACGAAGAUAUGAUCUGUUGGAGAGGAGAUUCGCUAAAAAUGCAAAGUUGAAGGAAGAGUACCAUGCGUUUAUGAAGGAGUAUCUUGAUCUCGGGCACAUGAGUUUAGUUCGGGAUGGAGAUACAGUACCUGCUGAGUCGUAUUAUUUGCCACAUCAUCCUGUGUUCAAGGAGUCUAGCACCACAACGAAAAUCAGGGUCGUGUUCGACGGUUCUUCUAAAACCACCAGCGGAUACUCGUUGAAUGAUGCUUUGUGCGUGGGACCAGUGGUGCAGGACGACUUGCUAGAUCAGCUUUUGCGGUUCCGCACGUAUAAGGUGGCAUUAGUUGGCGAUAUAGCAAAAAUGUACCGCCAAAUACUUCUUCAUCCUGACGAUCGACCGUUGGUGCGAAUCUUGUUUCGCUUCGAGCCGCAGCAGCCAGUGGAGACCUACCAGCUGAAUACAGUAACGUAUGGUCUCGCGCCUUCAUCCUUUCUCGCUACGCGCGCUCUUAUUCAGCUGGCCGAUGAUGAGGAUAAUGCAUACCCACGAGCGGGCCCAGCUCUACGAAAGAAUUUUUACGUCGACGAUUUCAUCGGUGGAGCCCAAUCAGUUGAGGCAGCCACCCGCCUACGAACUGAAUUGGCCGAACUACUACAAAAGGGCGGAUUUGAGCUGCGGAAAUGGACGUCGAACUGUGUUGAUGUGCUGCAUGGGCUGGAUGAGGCACAGGUUGGAACCACAACCAAGAUGAGCUUCGAUUCUCACGAAGCCGUGAAGACACUUGGCAUCAGUUGGGUUCCACAAGGUGAUUGGCUGGUGUUUGAGGGUGUGUGCCAGCCAGACGACGAUGUGAUCACCAAGCGAUCUGUGUUAUCUGCCAUCGCAAAAAUGUACGAUCCUUUGGGGAUGAUAGCGCCGAUAAUCAUCCGUGCUAAGAUGAUUAUGCAGGAGAUAUGGGUGUCGUCACGCGAUUGGGAUGAAUCGUUGCCAGAAGACAUCGUAUGCAAGUGGAAGCAGUUUCAGAAGGAGAUACGAUCUCUAUCACAAUAUCGAAUGGACAGAUUCAUACUGCUUCCUGAGGCGCGAAACAUCGAGCUGCACACUUUUGCUGAUGCAUCUUCUGCAGCCUAUGGUGCUUGCACAUAUCUGCGCACUUGCAUCACCGCAUAA